UCAUCAGACAUCUUGAGCGCACAAUAUACACCGAGAGAGAUUUAGGUGUGGUCAACACGUUAUGAUCAGCACACUGGCUGGGGUAGGCUCGCGUCUGAUCUAUCUCCAGCAGAAGAAGAAAUCCAACACCAACCUCUCUCCACAGGUCAACGCUUAGCUUUUCCUCUCCAAAAACGUGACGUCACCGUCCACGUCACCAUGCAGACCCAUCCCGUCGUCCCUGUUCUCUAUGGCCCCCUGCCCUUUUGCUUUAAGUACCCCCCAUCCCUCCUUCACUAUAUUCACUCCUCUCAAACCUUCCCACAACUCCCAAAAUUCUCGACCGACUUCCCCACACGCGCCAUGUACGGUCACAACGGCAACGCAUACCCACGCGCCAACGACUUCGAGGGCCGGCCAAUGCCUGCCCUGCCCUUCGGGACUUACAACAAUGACUACCACCACCUCGGCGCGGCGGCGAAUGAGUUCAGCAACAACAGCUGUAGCAGCGGCUGCAGCAGCUACGGUGGCUCGCCCACCUAUGCGAGUACCACUACCACUACGACUAUUCAUGAUCAUGAGGUUGAGCCGAGCCUGAUGAUUCAGAGGAGUGUGAGCAGCCACUCGCUCCAGAAGAACGUCGGGACCCACCGGCUCGUCUCGGACUUGCUGGAGCUCGAGACCGGCCCCGUCCGGAGGGUUUAUAGCACCGGCGACUUGGAUUUGCAGAGGAUUAACAAUACUAAUGGGGUGCAAGUGCAGCAAUUGCAUAGCAGCUACAGAUCAUCAUCAGAAAGUAGUCCAUUGUCAAGCGAGAGCAGUAUGAUCAUUGAAGGAAUGAGCAAAGCCUGUCGUUACAGUCCUGAGGAGAAGAAAGAGAGAAUCGAGAGGUACAGAAGCAAGAGAAACCUCAGGAACUUCAACAAAACGAUUAAGGUCCUAUAAACAGACGUUCAACUCUCUCUAUUGUCUUACUCUUGGAUGUCUGUUUGAAAUAGUAAACUUUCCCAAGGGAGUGGUACAUUUGUUUUGUUUUUAAUUUGUUAGAUCAAGUAGCAAUUGUUUCAUUCUAAAUCAUGAUAUAGUUCUGGUGUUGUAAUGUUCUGAUGAGUCCUCUUAUCCUUGAGAAGAGGGUAACCUUUGUCACAAAGGUACAACCAUGAAAAAUAUGCUGCAUAUUAGAACUUCUACUCCCCUAGCUAAAAGGUGUGACAAGUUUUAUUGAAGAUCAACCGUCCAUCAUGUUAUUUCUGCUAUUUUUGGUUUUACAUAAAUUUGAAACGAGAACCUUAAUCUGUUUCCCCCUUUUUGAAUUCAGUAUGCAUGUAGGAAGACAUUGGCUGACAGCAGGCCGCGCAUCAGAGGGCGAUUUGCAAGGAAUGAUGAAAUUGAUCAGAAGAAUUCCCCUAAUGUUCAGUGGAGCCAAAUGAGUGGGGAGGAAGAUGAAGAGGAUGGCGAUGG